GGGCUUUGCUCUCAUGUGAUCUCACAGUCACUGCAGACCGAGAAAACUUGUGACCAAAACAGCAGGAGAAUUAGCUCUGCGAUACAAAAAAAAACUAUACCGCAGCGACUCCACAGUCCUCUUUCAAUCCAUUCAUCACCGCCAGACAAGAUGGACUGCGGUAUAUUCACCUCCAAGACCGUCCUCCUCUUCCUCAGCUUGAUAUUUUGGGCUGCAGGAGCAGCGUUGGCCUACGUCGGUGCCUACGUGAUCAAGAGCUAUGACAACUUUGACAGUUUCAUUCAGGACAAGUACACUUUGGUCCCAGCAGCUAUCAUCAUUGCCAUCAGCGUGGUGAUGUUCAUUUUUGGUCUGGUGGGAUGCUGCGCCACAAUCCGGGAGUCCAAAGUCGGACUUAGCUUUUUCUUUCUGAUCAUCGUGGGGAUGUUUGCAGCUGAAGUGGCUGCUCUGGUAUUAAGCUUCAUCUACCAAGGCAAGAUAAACGCAGACCUGGAGCGCUCUAUGAAUGAAGUCUUCAUAAAGUAUGAUGGACAGGACCCAGAGACUAAAGCUGUUGACUAUCUUCAGACUCAGUUGCAGUGCUGUGGUGUGAUGAAUUACACCAGCUGGUCCAACACUACUUGGUUUAGAAGCCACAACAACACAGUGCCUCUGUCCUGCUGUAAAAACAGUACCACACAGUGCACUGGCAGACUGGACCAACCAGACCUGCUUAACAUACAGGGUUGUGAGGCGAAGCUGGAUCGCCUCCUACAGGAUGUGUUGGGUUACGCCAUGCUGGUCAUUCUGGCCUUCGCCAUCAUCAAGUUCUUUGGGAUGCUGAGUGUAUGUGUGAUCACCUGUAAAAGUGGCAGCCAGAGGAGCGGCUACCAGCCUCUGUAUGCCUGAACCACUUCCUGCAACCACCUACCACCUCCUCAUUUUGUUUGUCUAGGUUAGCUGACCACUCACUCAGCAGUGUACAAGUUUUAUUUAGAUAAUGGCAUAUAAAGUAUACACAAGUGGCAGACCUUGUCCCAAUCUAGAGUGGAUAUUACCAGAGCAUUCCUCCACAUAUGAAAUCAGCACAAAUGUUCCUCUGACUUGUUAAAUACUUUUGCUGAAUGUGGUUUUCAAUUUUGAGUUAUUGUUUAAAUUUCCCUCUUUGGAGAUUUUUAUGAUAACGUUUUCCUGAGUAGCCAAAGGUUUCUGUACUGUCUGACUUCAAACUAUAUUUUAAGCUUUAGUGAUUGUGAACGAAAGGACAGUGGUUUAAUGCCUUAUUUAGGGUUGCAAUAUGUAUAGCCAACUGAAUGACUAAAUACAGUAGCUAUAUAUAUCAAUAUAUAUAUAUAUAAAGUUCUAUGGUCAGUUAACUGUAUUAAAUUAAGCUACAGUUCUACAUAGAUAGACUUUUGGUUGUGUUUAUUAUGUGUUUCUAAAUUAAAAAGGUGAACAUUUCACAAUAAUUUGGAGUUCAGUCCAGUUAUAUCACAUUAUUGUAUUUUACUGUUCGUGUUUUUAACAUUUUGUAAUUUACCAUAUUAAUAAAUAUUUAUAGAUAGG